GGAAGAGUUUGCAUCUUUGAGAUGUGUGGUCAUUUUGUUCUUCCAUUGUUUUUCAAGAAUAACAAGGAAAAAAAGAUAAGAAAAUGGGUUCAUAAAUAAUUUCUGUUGCUUUCACAUUUUCUUGGUAACCAAUGGAAAUGUUACUUGUUUGUUGGCAUCCCUCAGUAGUGAUUGCCUUGCUGGGUGGCUUUCUUGACACAAAGCAGAAGCAUAAUGCAGUACUUGAGAAUUUGUUCCGUUUUUACUUGGUGGUAAAGAAUAUAUGCUUCUGGUGUCCACUUGUGGAUUUAUGUAUAGCUGUCAAGUCCUGAACCAGUGUUUCAAUAUGCCUUUUGAUUUUAGUAAUCUAAAUUAUGUCUUGUAGCUUGCCAACCUCUUUCUACUCAAUGAUAAAUUACUUAUCUUAGGCUUUUCAGUUCUCAUUGUGCGAUGAAUCUCUCUCACUAAAGGUGGGGUUGGGAUGAGUUGGGAGAUAAGUGGUGAGAGCCGAGAGGUGGUGGUGGGGGUAGGAAUCCUUUUCUUUCUUAUCUCUGUUUAACUACGUGUAUCUUCUUUUCUUGCUACUUUCUGAUAUGAAAUUGAUUCAAAACAAGCCGUUCUGGUCUACAUAUUUCAGGCGUGGAUUGAAGUUUUGAGUACAAUAUCAUAUACUCGUCCUAAGACGAAUGACAUGUUUCACUUUUUUAUGUCCAAGGCCAUGAACUUUUAAUUUAGUGGAAAAUUUUGAAAUUCUGAUGUCAAAAAUGCAGAGUCAAAAGGUUGUAAUAUUCCAAAUCUUCUUAAACCAAGUCAAUUCAGUGGAAUCCCAUAAUUAGGGACUGAGGGAGUAGCAGCCUACAUGUAAUGGGUUUACUUUCUGCUACAUGCUUGAUGAUUUACCAAAGUGACAGAGACAUCUUGGGUCAGGCUUAACUGUUGCUGCCAUGCAGAAGGAUUUUCUCACGUAUGCUGAGAGGCAAGAAUGAGAGUUGACUAUUUAUGUAGGUACUCCUGUUAGGGCUGUCAACAAAUCAAAUAUUUAGGUAUUC